UACAACACAAUAAGUAACCGCUUCCAAACACACCCUCAAAAAGUGAAAACACACACAGAGCCUUCAAUCUCGCCCUUUCUUCAAUCUCUUCUUUCCCGCUCAGUUACUCGCAUCACCUUGGUAGUGUUUCCUUCUUUCGUUUCUUCUGGCUUGGAGAAACUAUGCAAAGGGAUACUAGUUCAGGCCGCCCAUCAACACCUAGUGGGCCUACUGCACGGAUACGUCGGCGUAGAGGUUCAAAUGAGGUCCCUCUGGAUGUUGAUAAAGCUAAUGGAAGCCAUUUACUUGUUAAUGACCGUAACAAGUACAAGUCAUUUUUAACCCGAGCAUAUUCGACUAUUUGGAUGAUUGGAGGGUUUGCCUUCAUAAUAUACAUGGGUCAUCUUUAUAUCUGGGCCAUGGUAGUUGUCAUCCAAAUAUUUAUGGCAAAGGAGUUGUUCAAUUUACUUAGGAGAGCACACGAAGACAAACGCCUGCCCGGAUUCAGGCUCUUAAAUUGGCACUUCUUCUUCACAGCAAUGCUAUUUGUGUAUGGUCGCAUUCUCAGUCAGAGACUUGUGAACACUGUGACUACAGAUAAAGUUUUGUAUAAGCUCGUGAGCAGAAUUGUCAAGUAUCAUAUGGUUACCUGCUAUUUCUUGUAUAUCGCAGGUUUCAUGUGGUUCAUUCUAACACUGAAGAAGAAGAUGUACAAGUAUCAAUUUGGCCAAUAUGCAUGGACGCACAUGAUUCUGAUUGUGGUGUUCACACAAUCGUCAUUUACUGUGGCAAAUAUUUUUGAAGGAAUCUUCUGGUUCCUUCUUCCAGCAUCACUUAUCGUCAUCAAUGAUAUUGCUGCUUAUGUUUUCGGGUUUUUCUUUGGGAAAACUCCUUUGAUCAAGUUAUCACCAAAGAAAACAUGGGAGGGCUUCAUUGGAGCAUCUUUUGCUACCAUGAUCUCAGCCUUUUUGCUUGCUAACAUAUUGGGCCGCUUUCAGUGGUUGACAUGCCCAAGAAAGGAUUUAUUGACAGGCUGGCUUCACUGUGAUCCCGGUCCACUGUUUAAACCAGAAAAUUUUGCUGUACCAGAGUGGUUUCCUGAAUGGUUCCCCUGGAAAGAGAUUUCUGUUUUGCCCGUACAGUGGCAUGCAUUAUGUCUUGGUCUCUUUGCAUCAAUUAUAGCACCUUUUGGAGGCUUUUUUGCCAGUGGCUUCAAAAGAGCUUUCAAGAUCAAGGAUUUUGGUGAUAGCAUUCCCGGACAUGGUGGGAUGACUGAUAGAAUGGAUUGCCAGAUGGUAAUGGCUGUUUUUGCGUAUAUAUAUCACCAGUCAUUCAUUGUACAACAGAGCUUAUCAAUUGAGAUGAUCAUGGAUCAGAUAUUGAUGAACCUUUCAAUUGAGGAUCAACGAGCAUUAUAUUCGAAACUCGGUCAGAUCAUCGUUGGAGAAUCAUGAAUCGGAGCUGUGUAUUAUUUAGGAUAAUAGAUUAUUAGAUGCAGGCAUUAGGCAUUCUACCCUUUAUUGCAUUUUGUAUAGUGCUUUAGCUAUUGAUUAUCUUCUGGGACUGUAUAUAUUAUUAUGAGCCCAAUAAGCGGAAAACAUUAAUAGAAGAGGCCCAAUAAGAUAAAUAGACGGCCCAAGCAGGCAAAAAAAAUAGGCUCAGUAAGCCAAUUAGAAUAGGCUUGGGCCCAAUAAGCGAAAUAAACGGCCCAAACAGACUAAAAAUUAGCUCCAUAGAAGAGGCCCAAUACGCGUGAAAAAAAAGGCCCCAACAGGGAAAAGAAGGCCCAAUGAGAGAAAUAAACGGCCCAAGCAGGCAAAAAAUUAGGCCCAAUAAGAGAAAUAAACGGCCCAACAGGGAAGAGUUUCUGUGAAUUUUGCUUGAUGAUUCAAAAAUAAAUGACGUAUUUUGUUUUUUUUGAUU